ACCACCACCCAAGAGGAAGUGAAUGGCUGUAUCAAGGCAGAGCAGGUUUCCUGGGCUUGUUGUCUUGGGAGGAUCUCACAGAGGAGGCUAAGAAAGCAAGUGAAAAAAAAACUGACACUGUCUGCCGAGCGAGCGAGCAUAACACAUUCGACUGAACGCAAGACAUGGAGCUGCAAACGGGCUUAUAUCUCGUGAGCUUUCUGAACCUGGUUCAUUCUUUCCCUGAGGCGUUGUACAGUGUUCACCCAAACAAACUCUCAUUCGAGGAAGCUCAAGAUUUUUGCAAACCCGGUGGUUAUCUGGCCAACGUGAGGGAUGGGCAGGAUUUUGACAGGAUCCAAAAAGCAAUCUGGGAUACAUACAACAAAAGUGUCACAUCUUUCUGGAUUGGACUAAAGAAGAAAAAAGGUCUAUGUGUUUUACCAUCUAAACCUCUUAGAGGAUUCCACUGGACAACGGAAGACAGUGAAGAUUUUCAUGAAAUUACAUGGAAAGGAAAUCCUAUGCAUACCUGCACAGAAGAACGUUGUGGACUGCUUUCGGUGACCUACAGUACAAGAAGCAUCGGGUUGAUGGACUCUGCCUGUAAACAGAAACAUCCUUUCAUUUGCCAACGAAACGUUCAGAAGACAUGUCACCCGCCAUCUAUCUUUGGCACACAUGACAUCAUCGACAACCCAAACGAUCCGUACACUCGUCAAGUAACCUGCAGUUCUGGUGCCACAUUCACAUUGACGUGCUCUAUGGAUCUGAUGUGGAUUGUCAAGGGCAAUGAAAAUGUGGAUGUAUCUCAACUUUGCCUGCAGUGUAACAGUGGCUACAGACGGGAUGCGUCCGGAAACUGUGUGGAUAUAAACGAAUGUUCUGACAAAAAUGCUUGUAGAGAAUCAACGACGCUCACCCCGGACCUGAAAAGUGAUGGUGUGAGUCCAACAUAUUUUAAUGUUAACAAAGAUGCAUCUCUGCGCGAUGAUGUCAAUACAAAUGGGACAGCAGUAGAAAUUGAAGAACACAAUGGAGAUAUUUCCAAUAUUGUGGUACCUGUGAUUAUAGCACUGCUGAUCCUUGCGGUUGUGCUGGUGAUCAUAGCAGCUAUUGUGAAGUGUUGCCUGCAUAGGCGCUCUGUUAAACGGGCCAAAAGAAAGGCGGAAGCCGUGGCUUUGAAUGGGUCGAGCUCCACGGAGAAGGAUCAUGAACAUAUAAAUGAGAGACUGUAAACUGUACAACAUAAGUUGAUCUGACUUACAUGUGGAUUACAGAUGGAGUUUACCAGAAGAUUUUCCUGUCCAGCGUGAGGUCUUUACACAGAAGUGUGGUGUUUAGUUACUGCCAUUUUAUUUGAAAUCAGGGUGAAUGUGAAAUGCCAAUGUAAAUAUGAAAUUUUGAUCUAAAACCUCAUUGGUUUAUACAUUUAUAAAGAUUUUUUUUAUUUGAAAGUUUCAUUGCUUAUAUUUAAAUGUAUGCAGAUUUUUGAGAGCUGUAGAUAUUAUUGGGCUGAAACUGACAAAAUUUCUUAUUUUCAAUCCAGCAUUGGGUCAAAAGGGACAAACCUAACCCAUUGGGUUGUAGUUUAACCUGUGCUGGGUUGUUGCAACCCACAAUUCUGGGUUGUUUUAACCCAUUAUUGGGUCAAAUGUAAACAACAGCUGGGUUUGUCCCCUUUUAACCCAACACCGGUUUAAAAAUAACCCAGCAUUUUUUAGAGUAUAUUUUGUUUCACAAAAUGUUCUGGUUUAAGAAUCUCUAUACAACUGGAGUUUUAUAUAAAUAAAAAAUGUUUAAGCUACAUUAAGAGCAAAUAUUUUUUGAAUAUCAUGAAAAAAUAACCAUAUUAGGUAACAGAUAUUACUGAAGUAUGUCCUGAGUAAUGCACUUGACUCUGUUAAACAGUGCCAGUCUCUUUAAAAAGCCAAUCAGGACACUUGUAAGUGGCUCUCAGCCAAAAGAAUUUGGCACAUGUAGUUGUUUGGCUAAGCAAUAGAGGAUUGGAAGGCUGUUUAAAACAUUUUUAUGUUGUUGUCCCUUUAAACGCCAUCUCAUGGCAAUUCAAACGUAUUUUACGAGGUGGCUAAUUCGUAUUAAUACGUAUAAAUUGCCCCGUGACGUUGAGGUUAUAGGGGUGUGGUUUCGUAAUUGUUUUUUUUUUGUAAUAGUAUGUUCAAUGGUAUGAAUGAUUCACUUCGUACAAAUUUAUACGAAUUUGCCAGCUUGUAAAAUACGUACGAGCUUACAGCAGCUUUAAAGAUGCACUCAGUAUUUUUAUUUUAUAAAAAAUAAAUAAUAAGAACUAUAUAGUAAUAUAAGCUUUCCUUAGGCUACAGAUAUGUUUGGACUUUUCAUUUAAUUAAACUGUACAGGAUUUUAAAGAAAAUGUUACACAAGUGUUAUGCAUUUUAGAGGUAAAGCUUUUAAAGCAGAAAAAUGCUGAGUCCACCUUAAAAAAACAAUUAUGUUUUCAAUUAAACAGAGGCGGACACUACUUGAUUAUUUUAAGUAAAUUUUCCAAGCAUCUGUGCUUUAUCAGAGUGUUUGUCUUGGGAAAAAAUCUACUUUACUAUACAAAAAAAUGUUUACUACAUUCUAAAGCAUAGACUCACAUUGUGUAUUCCUUUUAUAUUGCAU